AUGGCUGAAAUAGCAGCUGGAGUUGUGAGACUAUCAUCCUCAACAUCACCAUUUUCUUGGCCUUACAAACUCUCUUCAACGUCAAUUUUUUCCAAGAUUGAUCGUAUAUGUGAACAAGCCUUAAACUCCCCUUCUUCGCUUAUUCCAGCCAAACAAACCUUGCAAUUUCCAGUUCCCAGGCCAAAUUUUUGCCAAAAUCAAUCUUGCUUGUCACAUCCCUCGGCCCUCUAUGCAACCUUGAAUAGCGCAAGGGGCUUUGGUCAACCUCCAAAGAGAAGCAAAAAGACCAAGAAAUCAAAGCCAGUCAAAGAUGAAGAUGACGACGACGAUGAUGAUGAAGAAGAAGAAGAACCAGAUGCUGGGGUAAUACCCGAAGUUGUGACCAACAGGAUGAUGACCAGGAUGGGAGUCUCAGUGGGGGCUCCAUUGUUUGUUGGGCUGUUGUUCUUCCCAUUCUUCUACUAUCUCAAAGUUGGUUUGAAGAUUGAUGUGCCUACAUGGGUGCCUUUUAUUGUGUCAUUCUUCUUCUUCGGGUCUGCCUUACUAGGUGUGAGUUAUGGUAUUGUGUCCUCCAGUUGGGAUCCAAUGAGAGAAGGAUCAUUUUGGGGUUGGAAGGAGGCUAAAAAGAACUGGCCUGUUUUUUGGCAGUCUCUCCGGGGGAGACCUAGCAAGAAGUAG